AUGGCCGCGGCAGCAGCUCCGCUCCUGUCUGGGCAGCGAAGCCCCGUCCAGCGGCGGCUCCGGGGUGUGAGUGCCCAGGCGGGUCAGGGCUUCACUCUGCAGCAGCCCCAGCCCAAGGUGGCAGUGGCAGUGGGGGAGACGCUCACCCUGAACUGCAUCACGUCUGGAGUUGCUGGACCAGGUCCUGUGAUGUGGCUGAAGGGCUGGGACAGUGGGAACAAGACUGUCUAUGACCAGAGUAAUGAGGAUCCCUCCUCCCGUGUGAUGAGAGCAGUGAAUGAGUCUAACACAGACUUCACCAUCCGCAUCAGGAACGUUCAGCCUGAUGAUGUUGGCACCUAUUACUGUGUGAAGUUUGUCAAGGGGAGCACUGGUGUUGAUGAGGUGUUUAGGCGUGGCAAUGGCACCGAGGUGUCUGUGCAAGAGGCAGCCCUGGUUCCUGGAAUGGUGGCUGCAGCUGUAGUGCUCUGCUUCCUCCUCCUCCUCCUCAGCCUCUUCGUGGCCCUUUGCAUGUACAGGAGGAAGCGCCAAGGUGGAGUGGGCAGCCCCUGCCCAGCCAGGACAGUGGCCAUGGGCAGCUUCUCAUCUGUCCCUCUGCAGUGCUGUGCAGGGACCCCUGGCACCCCCAGUGAAGUCCUGGAUGCAGAGAGCUCCCACCUGCCCAGCCAGCAGAGCAGCAAGGAGGAGAACAACAUCCACUACGCCGACCUGCAGCCCCUGCCCCUGGCGCCACGGCGUGGCAGGAGCCCGGGCACAGCCCCCACCGAGUAUGCCAGCCUCAGGGCAGCUGCCAAGUGACACCUGGCACCGCUGCCUGCACGGCCAGGAGGUGUCAGGGUGGGAGAAGGGACGUUUCUGCAGGACACCAGAAAG